UUGUCAAGAAAUAUCGUGACCCACUUUAUUGAUCCAUCGACAAGCUCACCCACAAUAAAACAACACUAAAGCAGCAAGUCAAAACGACCCACAACCAAAGAAGAAAGAAAACAUAAUAUACCCCGCGCGCCAGAUUUAUCAUUUGCAUUCAACGCCACUAAUCGCGCAAAAUGACUCUCUCGGCUGAAGAUCCUUUCGACGAUUUCGUCCUCCUUACUCCACGACUGAUCAUAAUUCCCACGCCAAUCGCAGUCUCCUUGGCCUCAUACCGAGCUCUCUACUCCGAUCUCCAUGCCAAUGUAGCAUUCUGCGAAAUGGCUUUUGGGCACCACCUACCAGCCGAAAGGUGGAGCGACUCAAAGACAUUGGAGGUGAUACAGCAGCGCGAUAUCGGGCGGUGCUGGAAACCGCGGGGCAUGGGAGAUUUUGCCGUGGGGCGGCGCAUGCCAUCCACGCCCGGAUCCGAUCCACGCGUGCAGGAUGAUCGCAGUGAGCUGAUAAUUCUCCGCGGUCAAGACCUGGUGCGACUUGCUGGCCCGGAUAAUGUUUAUUUCGAGAAUAUUGAAUGGGUGGGCUAUGCGGGAGUACGUGACGCAACAACAACCUCCAUGCCGGCGCGGGAGCCCGGAGAUCCAGCCUUACCCUCCUGGCGGGAAAUGGUUGAGCUACGGUAUGGUUUCUCGCCUCAGGUGUGGGGAACAGGUGUGGGUCAGGAGGCAGCGAAGGCAGUUAUGCAGUGGGCUGUCGGUGAAAGGGGAGUCUUGCGAUUUAUUGCUGAGACCGAGAGGGAAAACGAGAGGAGUGGAAGGGUUUUGAAGAAGCUUGGGUUUGUUUCAAGUGCGACGGACUAUUGGAAGGAGCCUAUUGUCUGCAAGGCACAAGAAACUAUACUAGGAGCGACUGCAUGA